AUGUUCGCCAUAAAGCUAUUCUGUCUGUAUCUAAGUGUGACCAUGGCUGCCACCUGGGUAGCCCCCGCAAAAACCUCAACAGAUCCCAUGCGGAGCAUGGAAACCGCAGCAGCAGAUCCCAUUAGGAUUAAUGGCGGCCAAAUGGUGAACGAGACGGUGCCCUUCCAAAUCUCGCUGCAGGUGCAGCGACGUGGACGCUGGAGUCACUUCUGCGGGGGCUCCAUCGUCAGUGCCCAGCAUGUCCUCACGGCCGCCCACUGCGUGGAGAAGAUGAAGGUGGAGAACAUCAGUGUGGUGGUUGGCACCCUUAACUGGAAGUCCGGGGGCCUGCGCCACCGGGUGGUGGCAAAGCAUGUGCAUCCGCAGUACGCGAUGAGUCCCCGGAUCAUCAACGACAUUGCCCUGGUCAAGGUGACGCCCCCAUUCCGCUUGAAUCGCGCAGAGAUCGGUACCAUCCAUCUGGGUGGAACGGAUCGCAUUGGCGAGAAGGUGGCGGUGCGGCUCACAGGCUGGGGAUCAACCACUCCUGCCACCUCCUCGGCCAGCCUGCCGGAUCAUCUUCAGGCGCUGCACUACAGCACCAUUUCGAAUGAGGAGUGCAACCAGAAGGGUUUCCGUGUGACCCGGAAUGAGAUCUGUGCCCUGGCUACCCACGGACAAGGGGCAUGUGUGGGCGACUCUGGUGGACCUCUAAUCCUGGCUGGCUCUCGUCCUCAGCUGGUGGGCAUUGUCUCGUAUGGGUCCUCCACCUGUGCCCAGGGCAGGCCCGAUGUCUACACACGUGUCUCAAGCUUCCUGCCCUACAUCAGCAAGGUGAUCAACCAGGAUCUGGCCUAA